CAAGUUUGAGAACGAAGUUGUAACAAAGUGUAGUCGGGCCCACCAGCUCGACAAGAAAUCAUUGAUAUUGUAUACCAUGACGUCUGGUCACCGCACUGAUAUCAGUUGCAUAUUCGGACAACGAACGAAGCACGAUGGCAGAGAAAACUGUAGUUAUUUCUGCAAAGAAUUCUCAACCCAGACGAAUUGUCGGUGGAAAAGGUUUGAAAGUAGCUCAUCAAAUUCCAGAGGAAAUCCUAAAAAAUCCAGAAUUAAAGAAUGCCCUUGAACAACUCCCUUCAAACUACAACUUUGAAAUACCAAAGACUGUAUGGCGGAUUAAGUCAACUGGAACCAAACGAGUUGCCCUACAGUUUCCAGAAGGCCUGCUCAUGUUUGCCUGCACCAUUGCAGAUAUUAUAGAAAGAUUUACGGAUGCUGACACAUUGAUCAUGGGUGAUGUCACAUAUGGCGCAUGCUGCGUGGAUGACUACACAGCCAAAGCAUUAGGCGCAGACCUAAUGGUGCACUAUGGACACAGUUGUCUCGUUCCUAUCAGUAUGACAGAGGGCAUCAACAUGUUGUAUGUGUUCGUUGACAUUCGGAUUGAUACAGCGCACUUCGUUGACACAAUCAGACACAACCUUGAUCCCAGGGCUUCAAUCGCUCUCGUCAGUACUAUCCAGUUUGUGGCAGCUUUGCAGUCUGCGUACGAGCAACUGACUCCAGACUACAGUGUACAGAUUCCCCAAUGUAAACCAUUGUCACCAGGGGAGAUCCUUGGAUGUACAGCGCCGAGGCUGAGCAACGUCGACAACAUCAUAUAUUUAGGAGACGGGAGAUUUCACUUAGAAGCUGUUAUGAUUGCCAACCCAGGAAUCCAGGCAUACAGAUAUGAUCCGUACAGUAAGGUGUUUUCCAAGGAGUAUUAUGAGACUGACAGGAUGCAUGAGUUGAGACAAUCGGCCAUCAAACAGGCCUGUACAGCUAAGACAUUCGGGCUGAUUCUAGGAACUCUAGGAAGACAAGGAUCACCCAAAGUUCUGGAGCAACUCCAGUCACGACUGAAGGCCGCUGGUAAAGAAUACGUCUUGGUGCUUCUCUCUGAAAUCUACCCAGAUAAAUUGAAGCUUCUUCCGGAUGUUGAUGCAUGGAUUCAGAUAGCCUGCCCUCGCCUGUCCAUUGACUGGGGAUACGCAUUCGAGAAGCCCCUACUGUCUCCAUAUGAAGCCUCGGUUGUACUUCAGUCCAUUGAGUGGCAGGCAACUUAUCCCAUGGACUUCUACUCCAACUCUAGCCUUGGGCCAUGGACAGUCAACAACGAGGUGAACUUACCACCAAAACCAGCCAGAAAAUCACGGCCGAGGAAAGCCGGAGGGCUGACACGAGUCACCGUGGAAGUGGAAAGCCUCGGGGAAAUGAAAUUAUCGCAAGCAGGACAGGAGAAGAGUACAGAGAGUAAAAGUGUCGACGGUUCAUCAAAUGAGGCCUGCGGUGCUUGUGAACAUUGCACAUGCCCAUCCACGUGAUAGUCGAUUAUCUGGAUUAAAACUUGAACUUCAUUCUUCAGAUUAUAAUCACAUCCAUCGUGACAUGACUUGUAGGACUGUUACUCCUCAGAUUCAAUAUGUGCACAGAUAAAUCCAAGUUGCCCACUAUUUGUGAUGGCUAGGCUGGCUCCUCCGAAGCUCGUUGCGGUAUUUCUCACAGUGCACUCCCCGUUAGCGACGAGUUCAGAGCUAUACAAAACACAUGUGUGAUGGGUGUUCCAGAAUGAAAGCGUCCCAGUCUACAGAACCGUCACCGUAAUUUCAGCAAAGGAUUGGCGUAAAUCCAACGUUGUUGGAUAUUUGGAUAUUUAUUAAUUGAAUUAACAAUUUCUGCCUCAUUAUAAUUUCUAUAAUUCCACAGUUGUUAUACUUGCUGUUAAAACUAUACCCUUUCCAAAACAAAUUCACAGUGUGAGAAGAAUUUAAAACCUCAUUUGUGUUACUUAUUAGUGUAUCUCAACUGGAGAAGAUCAUAAAAAAACAGGGCCAACUAAAGGGAACUCAGAAUAAUAGGAUUUUUGUUUUCCCAGAACCCAUUCACACGAUGUACAUAUGCAUUAAACCAGUACAAAUGGUAAGAAAA